ACGUAGCUAUUAGUAUAAUUAACGUAAGGGAGACUAAUAGGAAAUUCGUAUUACUAUUUUAAAACACACAUUAGUCUCAUUCCACUAUACACAUUAUUCUCAUUCCACAAUUAAUUUGGUCAUGAGUCGUAGAUUGACGGCCGAGGCAUGAACCCCAUUCCUUCCUCUGCAGCCGGCCAACGCAGUCUUCAAACCUUCAACCACCGUUAAAACCAUCCCCCACAAGUUGUUCCCCGAAACCAUAUAUUAUCUCUCAUGACUUCUCAUCGUGUUCAUUGAAAUUCACUCCUCAGAAGUCAGAACCAAUGAUUCUUUCCGAUUCAAUCCCGUUCCUUCUCGCAUUCGCCGCCACCUUCUUGAUUCUCCGUUUGCUACUCAAAACUUCUGUGAUUCUUAUCGUUAGAAAAUGGGUUCGGUCUCUGGGGGACAUGUGCUAUGUGUGGCAGUGCUAUAGGGUUCCGCAGUACAAUCAGCUUUUGCAGGAAAAUGAACUGUAUCGGAAGCUUUCGGCUUACAUCAACUCUUUGGCUUCAGUCGAGGAUUCUGAUUUUGCGAACCUUGUGACUGGUUCUAGAUCAAACGACGUCGUUUUGUCUCUGGACCCGAACCAGACUGUUUUUGAUAGUUACCUUGGCGCCAGAGUCGCGUGGACGAACGUCGUUGGAGAAUCGGACGGUCGGAGAUGUUUUGUGUUGCGGAUUAGGAAGAAGGAUAAGCGUAGGAUUCUCCGUCCGUACCUUCAGCACAUACUGGCUAAAUAUGAGGAGUUUGAGAAAGAAUUGAAGCUGUACAUCAACUGCGAGAGUCGUCGGUUGAGCGAUGGACGGUGGAGAUCUGUUCCGUUCACGCAUCAAGCGACGAUGGAAACUGUGGCGAUGGACUCCGAUCUCAAGAGCAAGGUGAAGUCUGAUCUCGAGCUCUUCCUCAAAUCGAAGCAGUACUACCAAAGGCUCGGCCGUGUUUGGAAACGGAGUUACCUCCUUCACGGUGCGCCCGGCACCGGAAAAUCGAGCUUCGUCGCCGCCAUGGCGAAACUCCUGUGCUACGACGUCUACGAUGUGGACCUCUCUCAGGUCUCCGACGAUGCCGAUCUCAAGCUCCUCCUUCUGCAAACCACACCCCGGUCGUUGAUCCUGAUUGAGGAUCUCGACCGGUUCCUGAUCGACAAAUCAACGACCGUCAGCCUCCCCGGCGUGCUGAACUUCAUGGACGGAGUACUCUCGUGCUGCGGCGAGGAGCGCGUGAUGGUAUUCACAAUGAACAGCCCAGAUCAAAUCGAUCCAACGGUCCUAAGACCCGGCAGAAUCGACGUUCACGUACAGUUCGGCCUCUGCGAUUUCUCAUCGUUCAAAAUGUUAGCCGAUAGCCACCUAGGAAUCAAAGAGCACCGGCUUUUCCCUCAGGUCGAAGAGAUUUUCCAGACCGGAGCGAGUCUCUGCCCGGCCGAGAUAGGCGAAAUCAUGACAUCAAAUCGGAAUUCCGCGACCCGGGCCCUCAAAUCGGUUAUCAACGCAUUGCAAACCAACACAGCCAAUAAAAUUCGGUUGACUCAAAGCUCGUCGGGCCGGUCCACAGAGGAGUCAGCUGAACCGGGUGGUGUGAUUUGCAGGGAGAGCGUACACACAGUCAGGGAGUUUCGGAAACUCUAUGGGCUCUUGAGGAGAAGUGGUAGAAAAGAAGAGCCGUUGGAUUUGGGCUCCACCGAUAAGGACGCUCCAAGGAAUGGAUCAUGAGGUUCUUUUUGGGUAACACAAUAAAUUACAAUACAUUUAUAACAUGUUUAAUAAUAAAUUACUUUCCGUGUAUUUUAAAUUUUAAUAUUUCUUUAGUGUAAUUAGUUGAUAGGGUGUUUCAUAAGUCCAAUUCAAAGUUAGAUGAUGUAGAGAGAUGUUUAUUUUUUUUUCCUUUCUUUGCAAUCAAUGAUAGGAAUAUGUUUCAUUUGUGAAAA